GUUUCGCCCUGGUGGCAGCCGCGCGGGGCAGGGUCCCAGCUCCAUCUGGGGACAGCGCUUCCCGCAGCCUUGGCACGGGCUGGCGGCGCUCGGCAGCCCCGUGACUCUGAAGGGCGAGCCACUUCCGAGGAGGAGGCUGGAGGGAACGAGCAGCAGGAGGACAAUCAAGCCAAGCCAGGUAUUUGAGCCUGAUGACCUCUAUUCAGGGACCAAUUUCACCAAGGUUCUGAAUACUCUUUUAGCUGUCAACAAAGCAACAGAAGAUCAGCUCUCAGAAAGACCAUGUGGACGGUCCUCUUCUCUUAGUGCUACGACCAGCUCUCAGACAAACACAAACCCGCAGGCAGCCGUUCCCAGCACAACUCCAGAGCAGCAAAGCGAGGAAAAGACAGUGGAGAUGACGGAAAAUGGAAGUCACCAGUUGAUAGUAAAGGCAAGAUUCAACUUCAAGCAGACUAAUGAAGAUGAAUUGUCAGUGUGUAAAGGGGACAUCAUUUAUGUCACUCGAGUUGAAGAAGGAGGCUGGUGGGAAGGCACAUUAAAUGGAAGAACUGGCUGGUUCCCUAGUAAUUAUGUUCGAGAAAUUAAACCCAGUGAGAGACCUCUGUCCCCUAAGGCUGUCAAAGGAUUUGACACUGUUCCACUUACCAAGAAUUACUACACUGUGGUGUUACAGAACAUCUUGGACACUGAAAGAGAAUAUGCCAAAGAACUUCAGUCUCUUCUUGUUACUUACCUAAGACCCUUGCAGUCUAAUAACAACCUGAGUACUGUGGAGUUUACAUGUUUAUUGGGAAACUUUGAAGAAGUAUGCACAUUUCAGCAGACACUCUGCCAAGCCCUGGAAGAAUGUUCAAAGUUUCCAGAAAACCAGCACAAAGUAGGAGGCUGCCUACUGAACCUCAUGCCUCAUUUUAAAUCGAUGUACCUGGCUUACUGUGCAAAUCAUCCUUCAGCUGUCAACGUGCUCACCCAGCACAGUGAUGAUCUAGAACGAUUCAUGGAAAAUCAAGGUGCAUCCAGCCCUGGUAUUCUCAUUUUAACAACAAGUCUCAGCAAACCAUUCAUGCGACUGGAAAAGUAUGUUACUCUCUUGCAAGAACUGGAACGACAUAUGGAGGACACUCAUCCAGAUCAUCAGGAUAUUCUGAAAGCAAUCAUAGCAUUUAAAACACUCAUGGGCCAGUGCCAAGAUCUGAGAAAGAGAAAGCAGCUGGAAUUGCAGAUCCUUUCAGAACCUAUUCAGGCAUGGGAAGGAGAUGAUAUUAAGACUUUGGGAAACGUGAUCUUUAUGUCACAAGUAGUGAUGCAGCAUGGGACCUGUGAGGAAAAAGAGGAACGAUAUUUUCUGCUGUUUUCAAGUGUCUUGAUAAUGUUGUCUGCAAGUCCUCGGAUGAGUGGCUUUAUGUAUCAGGGAAAAAUACCAAUAGCAGGGAUGAUGGUGACCAGAUUGGAUGAGAUUGAGGGGAAUGAUUGCACAUUCGAAAUCACAGGUAGCACGGUCGAGAGAAUUGUGGUCCAUUGCAACAAUAACCAGGACUUCCAGGAGUGGAUGGAGCAGCUGAACAGACUGAUCAAAGGACCAGCCUCUUGCAGUUCAUUGUCUAAGACCUCCUCCUCAUCAUGUAGUACCCAUUCUUCUUUUAGCUCUACCGGACAGCCCCGAGGACCCUUGGAGCCUCCUCAAAUUAUAAAACCGUGGAGUUUAAGUUGCCUACGACCUGCACCUCCACUUAGACCAUCAGCAGCACUAGGUUAUAAAGAGAGGAUGUCUUAUAUCUUAAAGGAAUCUAGUAAGAGCCCCAAAACGAUGAAGAAGUUUCUUCACAAAAGAAAGACGGAGAGAAAAGCAUCUGAGGAAGAAUACGUGAUUAGGAAAAGUACUGCUGCCCUGGAAGAGGAUGCUCAGAUUCUUAAGGUGAUCGAAGCUUAUUGCACCAGCGCCAGUUUUCAACAAGGUACUCGUAAAGAUUCUGUUCCACAAGUACUACUCCCUGAGGAAGAGAAAAUCAUUAUUGAAGAAACCAGAAGUAAUGGGCAGACCAUCAUUGAAGAGAAGAGCCUUGUUGAUACUGUCUAUGCCUUGAAGGAUGAGGUCAAAGAACUGAAGCAGGAGAAUAAAAAAAUGAAGCAAUGUCUGGAAGAAGAAUUGAAGUCGAGGAAGGACCUAGAAAAGCUGGUCCGGAAGCUGUUGAAGCAAACAGAUGAAUGCAUUCGAGCUGAAUCCAGCAGCAAGACCUCAAUUCUCCCAUAACCAUCACCAUCGCUGUGCAGCUGAGCACAGUGCCUUCAGCACUUGUUAAAAUGGCCAGCUGAAUGAUUUAACUGUGCACUUGGGCUUUGUGCUUUGUGGUGUUGGGAUAUUCUCUCUCUCUCUCUCUCUCUCUCUCUCUCUCUCUCUCUCUCUCUCUCUCUCUCUCUCUCUUUCUCCCUCCCUCCCUCCCUCCCUCCUUCCCACCCCCUCCACUGUUUGAUUCAGCAUUUAUUGCUUGGUUAUCAGUUGAUUGACACUUGUUUUAACAGGGGAAAUAGCCUGAGGUGGUGGCAAAAAAAAAUGGCCCCUGUACUUUGCUAUGCCCCACAGCCUUUUACUACCUAAUUUGCUGGAGGCUAAGCUUCUCAGGCUAUGUCUAGAGUAGGUGAAAAUGAACACCUUUGCCCAGUGACCCAACCACACUCCCCUGGACUGUCAUAUGGCCCCCUUCAGUCCUUUUAAGACCUUAUUGCCCAUGUUGUCUGUCAAGAUCAAGAACAGUAGUGCCCUCAUGCUCUUUGUGCUGGUGUCCAUUUAAAGUCAGUGUGGUAGCAACUCCAACCAUCCACGCCAGCACCAAGUCUAUCAGCAAAUUGCUUCAGGCAGUCCACCCUCAGUAGCAGGGCAGAGCAGCUUGAUGAAGCAGAUGUCCCUAGUGUAGUGUAGCUUUACAGCGCAGCCCUCUGCCUCUAUGUAAGUUUUCUACCUCUCCCCAACCCCGUGCUUUUAGCCAGCCAUACAAAGUGGGGUGUAAACUAUCAUGGAUUUGCUUUGCUUAUUUUGUCAAACAGUUACUAUGAGCAGUGAUUUUACUUUGAAUAUCCAACGACAACCUUUUCACCUUUCUAAACAACCUGGGUAAGAAGAUACUGUCCCUCAGUACACACCUUCCAUCCCAUCUCACCAAGCUCUGGUUUCUGCAGUGAGAGGUUAGAGUCAUCAUUGGCCUCUAGUAUGAUGAGCUGGAUUAUAGACCCUGAGUUAAAGGGCCCCUCCUAGCUGAGUAGGUUGUCAGCGAAGCUGAUUGUUUGAAAUGAGUUUGCUCAAGUUGUUUAUAAUGUCAAACCAUUGACUUUGUAAGUAGUUCAUAAAAAGUGACCUGUGAGAAAGCAGAUUUUGAAGAGAGCCCCAGAAGAACACUGUAUAUCUAAAUUCAACACAAGUCAAAAUGGGCCAAGGAUGGAGAAGUACAGUUCUUUCCUACCUCCUCAGAUGGAAAGACAACUUGGUCAGAUGGCAAAGUCACUGGAAAGAGAUUCAGAAUGCCAACCAAAGGCUUACAUGUAUAUUUGAUUGGGGCCUGUAAGUGCUGUUUCAAAACCUCGAGGCCUAAAAGCUUGUUGAGGAGCCCUUCUUCUUUAUGGUAUGGAGGCUCUCAUGGUCUCCAUAAUUUCAUGGUACAGUGCUAUUGUCCCGUGUUACAUGGCCGACAUCAUAGCACCCACAAGAUAUGGAGAAUUCCUGAAGUCCAACCUCAGACAAUUGCAUACAGCCAUCUUUGUAAGCUUAGAGAGUACAGGUUUCUAAGAACGGCUGUCCUGUUUCUAAGCCCAGGGAUUUCUAUGAGACAUCUUUCAUGUAAAACAUUUUUACAAAAGGAAUAACAAUAGCAACCCAGAUGUUCACAUGUGUCCUGUCUGUGCUUAGUCAAUAGUUUGCAAUCAAUGUGCAAAUUUUGUCCAUAGGAAAAACACUUUUGUGGUCACCAAAUAAUUUAGUUCAUUGCUUAAGACAUUGAAAGGUCUCAUAAAGGAUGUGUACAUAUGCAUGUUUGGGGACUUUGCCCUUCUGAGGAGAGGCCCUUGGUACUCUGGAUUAUGAAACUUGUGAAGUGGGCUGCCCAUGCUUACACUAAAUAAUAUAAAGGAAAUGAAGCCAUGUUAACCCCACAGUCAUGUCUCCAUAGUUGUGUUGUUUACAAUACUCUAUAAAUGGGUUCCUGUUACUCUGUAAGUAAACUGCUGCCAUUAAGGGCCCUUCAGUUUCCCCCCUGUUAUGUCCCUUCUUAUAGGAGCUCAGAUUUUCUAAACUUGUUUUUAUUUUAAAGACUUUUAAAAUGGACAUUUUCAAUAAACAAGAAUAAACAGUGCUUUAU